UCUGGGCGGAUCUUCGCUGCUCCUCUCCACUCCCCUGCUCAGAGUUCACUACUUCAGCAGCCACUAUUUCUCCGGCUGUGCACGUGGAGAGAGUACUAAGCUGCAGUAGCACGCGCGCUCAGCUCGCGCUUUAUGACUUAACUUUUCGUGCUGUUAUGUCUCGAGCCCGAUGCCAUCAGCAGCGGCACGUUUCUGUCAUUUCUCUGAGCCCAUCGUGCGGAAGAAGAAACAUUUUUGUUUAAGCCAAAAGACCUGCUGAGAAUGAGUCCCGCAUAACUUCGGGUAUUGUUAUCUACCCCCUCCUUCUCUCAUUCUCCCCCUAUCCCGCGCUCUCUCCAAGUUGAGUCAUUGUACAUAAGUAUGGUAGAUAAAGGCCCCUUGUUGACUUCUGCCAUUAUUUUUUACCUGUCCAUUGGGGCAGCAAUUUUUCAAGUCCUGGAGGAGCCCAAUUGGAAGCUGGCUGCAAAGCAGUAUAGUGCCAAGAAGGAUAAAAUACUUGAGGACCAUCCCUGUCUGACGCAAGAUGAUUUGGACAGAAUAUUAGAGGUGGUGUCUGAUGCUGCAGGCCAAGGGGUCACCAUAACUGGCAGUAAGACCUUCAACAACUGGAACUGGCCAAAUGCUGUUAUCUUUGCAGCCACGGUUAUCACUACUAUCGGAUAUGGUAACAUUGCCCCCAAAACGUCAGCAGGCCGUGUGUUUUGCAUCUUCUAUGGGCUGUUUGGUGUGCCGUUGUGUCUCACCUGGAUCAGUGAGCUUGGAAAGUUCUUCGGUGGCAGAGCCAAGCACCUGGGCCAGUAUCUAACCAAGAAAGGCUUUUCACUGAGAAAGGCUCAGUUCACCUGCACAGCUAUUUUUCUCCUCUGGGGUGUGCUGAUCCAUUUAGUACUCCCACCUUUUGUGUUUAUGUCCCAGGAGGGUUGGACAUACAUCGAAGGCUUGUACUUCUCAUUUGUCACCUUAACCACAAUUGGCUUUGGGGACUUGGUAGCAGGUGUUGAACCAAACAAAGAAUACCCGACUCUGUACCGUUACUUUGUGGAGGUGUGGAUUUAUCUGGGGUUGGCCUGGCUUUCUUUGUUCUUCAACUGGAAAGUGCGGAUGGUGAUAGAAGCUCACAAGGCCUUGAAGAAACGCCGCAAGCUGCGCAAGCUAUCUCUGGAUGAGCUCCGGCACUACAAAGAGUCUCACAAGGCUGCCCUCCGUCUGCCACCCACUCCCAAUGAUGUCAACAUCUUCAGCUUCCUGUCCAAGAAGCAGGAAGGCUACAAUGACUUGAUAAAGCAGAUUGGCACCAAAAAAGAUGACAGGACCAGUGGAAGCGCUGGCGGCAACAUCAAUAAAUCCAAAGACAUUGGUCGUUCAAAGAGCUGCAAUGAUGCUCCCAUGUUUAAUACGCACACCAUCCUCAGCCUGGACCGCUCGCCACGCCAGAAGAGACGCUACAGUUUCAGUGACCGCGUCACUGUUGCUUUUUCAAAGUCCAAGAACUACCUCCUGGGAUCAGACAAUGGUUUGCUGCUGACAGAAGAUCACAUAGAGGGCGACCUAAACCAGGACCAAAUGUAUGAGAACCAACUUGACAAGGACGUGGACCUCGAGAGCCGAGGAGUGGGAGACUGUGGACCAGGUGGUCGCAGGACAUGGGACUCUAAAGAGUACCAUCCCCUAACCUUCCAAAAUGCAAACAUUACUUUUAUUGACGAGGAAAACUUUCUCAGCAACAACUUGGAGGAAGAUGACGACGAUGAUGAUGAUGAUGAUGAUUCUAAAGCAAAACUAUCUAUUACCACAUGUGAUGAAAACAUUGAACCAAACUCCAAGGAGGAGCCGAGCUCUGAAUCUGAAGGCUCCGUGUUCACGAGUGACGGUUCAGAGCACAGCCACUCGUAUGAGAAACUGGUAGAGGAAUAUGCAAAGGAAGAAAACACAGAAUCUUGAGAUACUAGAGUCUGUAACUGUGUUAAGUCAAUACAUCUUCCUGGUCACCUGUUGUUGACUUGAUUGGCAUUGAAGUAUAUGUAUUCUAAUGUGAACUAUUUGAAAGGAUAUCAGAUGUCCCGCUGCACUUUCGGAGUCUGAUAAUGAGACUGCAAAGAUCAAAUGUAAAAUCGGCGUCUUCUUGAUAAUACACAUCAUGUUGACUGAUUUCAAAAGUUCUUGAACGCUGUCCAGAAUCUUAAUGACUUUGGACCACAGAGCAUAACUUGUAACCCCAUGAGUAUCAAACAUCUGCUCUACUUCUGUCUUUUACACGGUUUCAGAAACUAUUGUAUUGUCCAAACCAAGAACUAUUUUCCAUGGUUGCAUGGAAAUGUAAUUGAUUUUUCCCAUAGUUUCUUCUAUGCAUAUUCACCAUAUUGGUGUUUUAAUAGUAUUUAUUAAAAUGAAGGACGUAGUAGCUUUUUAUUUAAAAAAACAAAAACUACAUGGGUUUAUAUGUCUCUCAUUGCACAAUUCCACCAAAUGAGGACAGAUCAAAGUCCACUCCAUUGCAGAUUGUCUUUUUAAAACCUGAGCCAAACAUUUGUCCUUGAAGAAAAAUGUUGUUAAAGAAAGGGUUAUGGGCCAAUUCUAACUCUUUCUUUUUUUUUCUUUGAUAUUUCAUUUCUUUGUUUUGUGAAGUUGUUGAUAACUUGUGUCUGAGAUUGCUGUUUAUUAUGACUGACAGAGUUGUGACUGCACAACAAGGUCAUCAGUGAUGCAUAGGCAACAUCUGAGUCCUGGAACCAACAGAGUGAACUUACAAAGGAAAAUCAUCAUUUCUUUUUUUUUUUUUUUUUUUAGCAGAGAAACAUUUAUGACAAAAUCUGAAAAUCCAGCCAGAGACAGUUUAAACAGAUUUUUUUUUUUUUGGCAGCUGUAAAAAGUCAGCCUUGCCAAUGAUCUUCCCACUGUGACACAGCAGACGCCUCUCAGAGUGCACUGAAACUGGUUUUGUCAACACAUACUUUUGCAGUUGUGUUUUGCUGAUGACAGCAUGACAAAUGUCAAAUCUGUGGCUUCUGGGCCCUCUACCAUGGCAGCGCAUAAUGGGACUGAAACCUUCACAGCAGCAAUAUUCUCACUCUGUGUUUCUUUAGCACCCUUUCAUUUCAUUGUAUUUGCCAUGUAAAUGUUGGCUGAAGGCCCAUCAGUAGCCACAAACACAGCUCUGCUCAGGACACGGCCUUGCUACUUGUGUUUGCCUACCCCUUGGUGGGGGGGCUCACGCUGGAAUGAAUGACUGAAGUGCCGCCUAUGACAGGCAACCAAGGUUAAUCUGUAACAGAUCAAUAAUCUCUUGACGUGAGUUUUCGUCAUGAGACAAAGUCAGCAGUAUUGGUGCGCUCCAUUAUUGUACAGUAUUUCCAUUUCAUUUCAUGUGAAUCCAACUGGACUCGAGGGACCAAAAUAUAAUGUCCAUUGUUUUGCAGUCUUUUGUAAUAACCAUUAGCUGUCCUGCUAACCCACUGCCUUUUGCACAUGUUAACUUGCACACAAAAACUUUAACCAGUGUUACUUUGAAUGGUAAAAUGGCAGCGAUGCAGAGUCACACAGGGAUACCUUGUAUUUCAAACCAGUCAUUCAUGCCAGAUUCAGUUAAACUGAACAAAGUACUUGUAGUUUUUUGUGAAUAAGUGGGCCUGACCAUCCUAACUCUGCCUUACUGCUUGAAUGCUGUUAAGUGAAACUGUCUUAAAUCCACUGUAGUACAAUGUGACAUCUAUUGAAUGUACUUUUCAGUGACUCAAAAGGUGUACUCUUACACACUGGGUGUUUCCUCCUUUGUAUUUCCCGACAGGGCCGUACUUUUGUGUAUUCUGUUCCUCUUUCUCUCACUUUCCACUGGUUGUCCUGGACUGUCUCAGUGCAGCAUUGUUAUGCAGCCAUGGUACUUGUCAGGACUGAAUUUCAAGCAUGUCUCUAGAUAAUUAACUAAAAACACGUUAGGCUGGUUUAACCCAUUGUCCUUAUUUUUUUUCUUUUUGUUGCUCCACUGUGUAAAAACUCCAGUAUAGUUUUGUUGUGUUGUGCAGUUGUCUGUUUUUUUUUUAUCAUUAAAUUAUUCAUGUUUGUAUAUAAAUUCCAAACAAAACUGUAUAUUUCAUGUAAAAUAAACAUUUAUUAAAACCAGA